UCACGUGGCGCUGCUCAAGGAGAGUCACGCUGGUGUUGUUCCUCAUCCUCCACGUUUCCGUCGCUUUUUGGGGAUUUUUCAGCCGGCCAGAGAUGAACAGCGUCGGGGAGGCCUGCACCGAGCUGAAGCGGGACUACGACCAGUGCUUCAACCGCUGGUUCGCGGAGAAGUUCCUGAAGGGGGACCGGAGCGGAGACCCGUGCACCGAGACCUUCAGGAGGUACCAGCGCUGCGUCCAGAAGGCCAUCAAGGAGAAGGACAUCCCGGUGGACGGGGUGGAGUUCAUGGGCCCCGACAAGGACAAGCCCGAGAGCUGAGGGAGGAGGAGGAGGAGGAGGAGGAGACAGGACUGAUCAAUGGAGGAGGAGGAGAUCAAUACUGACCGCCCAGGAGCAGCGUGUCCAUGAGGCCCACUGCGCAUGCGCAGAGACGCUCCUGAAAACACACCACGACACGUUUGUGUGUUUAUGUGUUUCUGAUUUAAAACACACAGACUGUAUAUAAUCCUGCAGGUUUAAUGUUUGUUGAGUAUUGUUCUUCAAAGCUUUCAUUUCUUAUUAUUAUAUUUCUUUUGCAAAUUUCCCCGCUGCGGGACUAAUAAAGGAAUAUCUUAUCUCUUAUCUUCUGUACGUUUUUUGACACGCUUCUUUUUCUGCAUACUUUCAGCUACAGAAACCGUUCAGCUGUCACAUUGUUCAGCUCUUUAAGGACACUCCUGCUAUGACUUUUAUUGUUUCUAACCUUUAAACUUUUAAGAUGGUUAAGCUUUUUCCACUUUUAUUUUGAACGGGAUGUCUAUGGAGAAAAGCAGAGACAGUGUGUGUGUGUGUUUAUGUGUUUCUGAUUUAAAACACACAGACUGUAUAUAAUCCUGCAGGUUUAAUGUUUGUUGGAAUGCUGAUUAAGUAAAGUUUUUCAAAGCUUUAAUUUCCUCUUAUUAUAUUUCUUCCGUACAUUUUUUUAACGCGCUUCUUUUUCUGCAUACUUUCAGCUACAGAAACCGUUCAGCUGUCACAUUGUUCAGCUCUUUAAGGACACUCCUGCUAUGACUUUUAUUGUUUCUAACCCUUAAACUUUUAAGAUGGUUAAGCUUUUUCCACUUUUUUUUUGAACGGGAUGUCUAUGGAGAAAAGCAGAGACAGUGUGUGUGUGUGUUUAUGUGUGUCUGCUGAUUUAAAACACACACUGAUCCAGGAACAGUUUUGUUUUGUUUAUUUUUGAGUUUAUUUAACAUGAAUGUGUGCUGCUGCUGUUACUGGAAGGCUACAAGUAGUCUAUUAAUCGAUCAGAGAAUUAAUCUAAUUAUUGAUCAUUCUCUGGUUGCAGCUUCUCUGUUUAUAUGAUGUAAACUGAAUAUUACUGUUGACAUUUUUCUUUAAUUUUCAGAUAUUUUAUGAACUAAAGGUUUAAUACAUUAAUCAAUAAAAUCAGUUUAUUUAAGUUUCCCAUAAUUCUGACACUCAGUUCAUCAUUUACGUGACAUUUUCUCUAUAAAUUUGACUUUGUUCUCAUUGUAUUUUCUUAGAUUUUGUAUAAUUUAUUGUUUAUGAUUAUUUGAUGUGACACUCAACCUUUGUUUAUUUAAGACAAUAUUUAGUUUUCUAAAGUGGAAAACCAUUUCACACGUGAAAAAUCUGAAAGAUUUCAUCUGUGAGCAGAUUUAGUUUUUGACGUGUGAAAUUUAAAACAUCACAAAUGAUUUCAAAGAUCUUUAUUUCCUGUAUUCACGUACAAAUACAGUAAAGAUAAUUAAAGGGAUGAAAAGUGUCACACAGCAGAAUUAAUUAACUGAAUCAGCGUCCUGCUGUCUCCAAUUUUAACACCUUUAUUAUCUCAGUUUUGUGUUUAUAUAUUUAGGAUAUCUGCACUAUUCACCAAAUACAACUUUUUAAUUUUUAAGUAUAUAAAUUAAUUUAAAUUUAGAUUACAUUUUUGUCAGUACUUCCAGCUAUAUUCAACAAUACAUUCUGAUAAUAUAACAGAUAAGAAGAAGAAAUAUUCAGCACCUUUUAUUAAUUAAAAUGUUAAAUGUUUCUUUUGUUUUGAGGGAACUGAUUUCACUGCUUCUAAACGAGGGAGAAGAGACGGAUCAUUUGAAUCUCGGAUGACUUUUGAACGUUUCUCCUGUUUGAUAACGACCUUGUUUAUUCUGCUGAUCUUUAAGAAAUCUUUCUGUUUCUGUCUCCGCUGAGAAACAAAGUCUCACUGCUGAGGAUCGAGUAAAAACCUGCUUUUCUCUUUUUAUUUCAUUCAGAUGAACGUUGCCAACAUAAAGCUGUGAUUGUAUUAUAAUAAAAACGACAGAUUAAUGUACAGAAAUGUAAAGAUUGUUGCCUGUUAUGAAAUAUAACAAAAUCUUCU